AUUGUUUUAAAAUAAGUUUAUUUUUGCUAUAUUAAUAAAAAAUAGUAACACUGAUAUUUAUAUGCCAGUUUGACAUUCAUUUGUUUACGAUUUGACAUUGACAGUAUUGACACUAUUGUAUUUCUAAUUUCUAUAUUUUAUCAUUGUUAUUACAAUUUACAAAUUUGUAUUAUUGUAGACAAAGAGUAAAUUAUUAAAGGGGGAGAUUGUUGAUAAUAGUUUGUGCUAAGUUUACCUACAUCAUAUAACGAUUAAAUACAUUUGUGAUACUUUGCUAUUUAUUAUCAUUGUGUUAAUUUAUAAAAUAUCUCAUAUUCGCAAGAUUGCAACUGGAUACAUCUGGAACAUUUUUUAAUGAACGAAAUUUAACUAGAUAAUCCUUCACAUUAUGCAUUACAUACGUACGAAAUGAACUUCUUCUAAUUUGAGAAGUAUACUACAAUAAUUUACUAUAACAUAUUGUACUAUGGAUAAUAUCUGCCGUAUCUGCUUAGAAUCUUUAGAAGAAAAGUAUAAAGUAUCACUUACAGAUACUUUUAAAGGUCUAAGAAUAUUUAAAUACAUAAAUUCCAUAACAAAUAUUGAAAUAAAAGAGAAUGAUGGCUUCCCUUUCUCUAUGUGUUUGAAAUGUUAUGACAAAUUUGAGACUGCAGUUAAUUUUAGAGAGAAAUGUAUACAAUCUGAUAAUAAAUUAAGAGAAGAUUACGGCCUACCAAAAAAUGAUAAUACAGUAUGCAUUUUCAAAGAAGAAAGUAAUGACAAUGAAUUGUCGGAACAUUAUAAUAGUAAUGAUGAACCAAUGAUAGAUGUAAAACCCUUGCUUAAUUCUAAUGCCUUAGAAUGUGAUACUUAUGGAUGUAUUACUGAAUUUCCAUCAUAUAAUGAGGAUGAGGAUUUAACUUGCAACAAGGGUAAUGUUUCAAAAGCAGCAGAAACCUUGCACUUGCAUCAGGCUAAGAAGAAAUGUGAAGUGACUAGAUUUGAAUGUGAUGACUGUGGAGAAGUAUUUAAAAGCAAAUGUAAAAUGGCAGUACAUUGGAAAAAAGUGCACUUGCCAAGUAAACUGAUUUGUCCAAACUGUAAAAAGAAUUUUAAAACAUUUAAAUCAUUGAACAGGCAUAAGUCAGAGAAAACUUGCCAUAGAAUUGAUGAGAAAUGGAUGCACAUAGAAGGCGUUGGCAAAGCUAGAGUAUUUACAUGUAAGGUAUGUUCAUAUACAACAAAGAUAUCAUACAGUAUGGUAAGACAUGUCCGCAAACACACUAAUGAGCAACACUACACAUGCUCAUAUUGUCCCCAUAGUUUUAAGAAAAUGUCGUCAUUAGUGUUCCACCAGGAUGACAAGCAUAAUAUUUUGUCACAAGGACAGGAAAAGUGCAACAAAUGUAAGAAAAUAUUUCAAGACAAGUAUCAGUUCAAGAAGCACAUAGCCAGUGUUCACGAAGACCCAAUAAUACAAUGUCCUGUAUGCAAUAUUUCUCUCCGGAAGCGUGGACUUAAUCGCCACAUGAUUAGGCAUGCUGGCCGCAAAGAUUAUACGUGCGAAGUUUGCGAUUGGUCAGGUUAUAAUAAGUAUGAACUAACAAAUCACAGGCUAAGAAAACAUGAAGAUAGGAGAUAUACUUGCAAAUUGUGUCCAUACAAAACUUACAUAUCUGAAUCAAUGAAUAGCCAUGAGAACAGGCAUACAAGUGGGCAGUUAUGCUGUAACAUCUGUUUUGUAUUUGUAAAAGAUAAAGAUAGAUUGUUGAAACAUCAAGAGCUUCAUAUGGAUGGGAAAAAAUUUCAGUGUCCAUACUGUCACUUGAAAUAUUUCACAAAUAAAGCUAAAAGGGAUCAUGUGAGGAUGAAGCAUUCUGAAACUUUGUUAUCCAGUAAGGGAGAUAUAGGUACCUAUAGCAAGUGAAAUUAAGAGUAGUAGGUAUCGAAAUUCAGCUAAACAAGAAAAUUCUCAAUGAUUUUGAGUAAUAAGGAAUUAUUUAUAGUAUCUUAAUGAUAUUUAGAUAUUAAGAUAUUGGAAUAUUUAACUAUUGUAAAACACUAUUA